CAUCACCUUGCGCCAAGAGUUCAGCUCUCCACGUGUACUGUGUGGCAUCAUGGCGGGAGCCGAGGCCCCCCAGCCGCAGAAGCGCUACUACCGGCAGCGCGCCCACUCCAACCCUAUGGCGGACCACACACUGCGCUACCCUGUGAAGCCAGAGGAGAUGGACUGGUCUGAGCUUUACCCAGAGUUCUUUGCUCCACCUAAUCAAAACAAGAGCCAUGAUGAUCCAAAGGAUGAGAAAGAAAAGCACUCUGGGGCCCAAGUGGAGUUUGCAGACAUAGGCUGUGGCUAUGGUGGCUUGUUAGUGGCACUGUCACCGCUCUUCCCAGAUACCCUGAUUCUGGGUCUGGAAAUUCGGGUGAAGGUGUCCGACUAUGUGCAAGACAGGAUUCGGGCCCUCCGUGCAACUCCCGGAGGUGGAUUCCAGAACAUCGCCUGUCUCCGCAGUAACGCCAUGAAGCACCUUCCUAACUUCUUCCGCAAGGGCCAGCUGGCAAAGAUGUUCUUCCUCUUUCCCGACCCACACUUUAAGCGAACGAAGCAUAAGUGGCGAAUCAUCAGCCCCACACUUCUGGCAGAGUAUGCCUACGUGCUGAGAGUCGGGGGCCUGGUAUACACCAUCACCGAUGUCCUGGAACUGCACGAAUGGAUGUGCACCCAUUUUGAAGAGCACCCACUGUUUGAGCGUGUGCCUCUGGAAGAGCUAAGUGAAGACCCCAUUGUGGAACAUCUAGGCACUUCAACUGAGGAAGGAAAGAAAGUUCUACGAAACAAUGGAAAGAAUUUCCCAGCCAUCUUCCGAAGAAUACAGGAUCCCCUCCUCCAGGCAGUGACCCCCAAUCCUACCCUACCUUAGCCGGACCCCCUGUUCUAGUGACUGGAAAAAGAUGAGCUCGCCGUUCCAGGCCCUCCCAGACUGGUGGAACUGUGAGGCCAUGACCUCUCCAAGAAGUCGGGGUGCAGUCUAUCAGUGGUCUUACCUAUCAUUCUUACUGCCUUUCUGUUCCUCCACUGUCAGGAGAAAGCAGAUGAAGUGGACUGAGAAGAUCAAAGGACCUUAGACGAGAGGGGGUAUUUGGGAGACUGUGGGUAUUUUGUUCUCCUUGAGCACCCCCGCCACCCGGCUUCUCUAGCUGGGGUGAAGAGUGCGGUGCUCCACUGUCUUAGGCCAGGUGUUUGGCUCAGGUGGCCCUCAGCUGUGUUUACUUUGUAGUCCUGGGGAUGAUGGGUGUGUGCACACAUACCCACAUGUAUGUGCCUAAGUUCCCGUGUGUGUGUGUGUGUGUGUGUGUGUGUGUGUGUGUGUGUGUGUGUGUGUGUGUGUGUUGUGUGUGUGUCACCUAUGCCCUAGUGCCCAUGUAUAUGUGUCCGUGUGUGUCUGGGUGUGCCGCUGUUUCCCAAGAAUGGCUGGACUAUGUAUCAAGUGCCUCCUCCCAACUUCUCCCUGCCUACAGUCUGACCCAGGCAGUCUCUGCUGCCUUUACUGUUGCUAUCUCUGUGGAGUCUCUGGAGGUCAGGAGGGUAGAGCGCCUUCCUUGUCUUUACCAUGUUGAACUUUAAUUUCAGAAUUUCAGACCUGACUGACUUGCAUAGUAAGUAGUACCUCAUGGGGAAGGCGGAGGAACAGGGAAAUAAGCUGGAAAACAUUUAAAGAUUUAUUUUUAUU